CCGCUGAGUAGCCAUUUUGGUCCCACCUAAAACAGACAGACCCGCUUCACUUUGGGCCGCCGGAGAUGGAAGAAACCGAGCCAACGGCGAGUAUUUCAGCUACCCAGACCUUUUGAAUCACUCCGAGAAUUAUCCACUGGUGACACUUGACGCCAUGGCAAGUUUCUAGACAGAGUGGCUUUGUGGAAAAACAGCCUGUGGCGACCGACAGCGCCUUAACGUUAUUAUAGUUAGCUCCACUGACUCAAACCUGAACGGACAGACGGACACUGAUUUCGCUUCCCUCCCGAGUUUAGCACAGGCCAUGCACGGUUUGUAUACGCCGGGUAGAUGCUGUAAACGGGAUUAUUAUGCUCUUUAGUAAGGGGUUUUUUCGGUCCCCAGCAGUUCAGGUGCUCGACUCAAACACGUCCGGUCUGGUUUGAAAAUUGUCACGAUCCAUGCUGAGACUGUUACCCCGGAGGGAGCCGAAAAGCAAAGCAAUAAUUUCUUUCUUCGGCUGUCGGGCUGUAUACUGAGUAUUUCGGACUUAAGACGGCGGCUGGCUGAAGAAGGGAGAAUAAAAGAUGUCAACAAAAACUCCUUUACCUACAGUCAACGAGAAGGUGACGGAAAGUCACACGUCUCACAGUAAUGGCCGCCAGGAGAUCAGCGCACGCUCGGGCCGGACGGGCGUGCGACCCCGCACCUCCGAGGAGCCACAGCAGCCCCACGUAGGCAACUACCGGCUGCUCAAAACCAUUGGCAAGGGCAACUUUGCCAAGGUCAAACUGGCCCGACACAUGCUCACAGGCAGAGAGGUGGCAAUUAAAAUAAUAGACAAGACACAGCUGAACCCAAACAGCCUUCAGAAGCUCUUCAGAGAAGUUAGAAUAAUGAAGAUCUUGAAUCAUCCCAAUAUAGUCAAGCUUUUUGAAGUUAUUGAGACAGAGAGGACGCUCUACUUGGUAAUGGAGUACGCCAGCGGAGGAGAGGUGUUUGACUACCUGGUUGCACAUGGAAGAAUGAAGGAAAAAGAGGCCAGAGCUAAAUUUAGACAGAUUGUAUCAGCAGUGCAGUACUGCCACCAGAAGCACAUUGUUCACAGAGACCUCAAGGCUGAGAACCUGCUCCUCGAUGCAGACAUGAAUAUCAAGAUCGCUGAUUUUGGCUUCAGCAACGAGUUCACUCUGGGCAAUAAGCUGGAUACGUUUUGCGGCUCUCCACCGUACGCAGCGCCAGAGCUGUUCCAGGGAAAGAAGUACGACGGGCCAGAGGUGGACGUCUGGAGUCUGGGGGUCAUACUGUACACGCUGGUUAGCGGCUCACUGCCCUUUGAUGGACAGAACCUUAAGGAGCUGAGGGAGCGUGUGCUCAGAGGGAAGUACCGCAUCCCUUUCUACAUGUCCACAGACUGCGAGAACCUCCUCAAACGCUUCCUGGUGCUCAACCCAGCCAAGCGGGGUACUCUCGAGGUGAGGGAGGACGCAGAAAAUCAAAUCAUGAAGGACCGAUGGAUCAAUGCAGGAUUUGACGAUGACGAGCUCAAGCCUUACACUGAACCAGAGCUGGACAUCACAGAUCAGAAGAGAAUAGAUGUGAUGGUGGGGAUGGGCUACAACUUGGAGGAGAUCCAGGACUCUCUGGCCAAGAUGAAGUAUGAUGAGAUCACAGCCACCUACCUGCUCUUGGGCAGGAAGGCCUCUGAGCUGGAGCCCAGCGAUUCGGCUUCCAGCAGCAACUUGUCUCUGGCCAAACCAAGGCCCAGUAGUGAGCUCAACGGCCAGUCACCCUCCCACCUCAAAGUCCAGAGGAGCGUCUCCUCCAACCACAAACAAAGGCGUUACAGUGAGCAAGUUGGUCAGAACGUCCCUCCAGGGAUGACUCAUCCAAAGAGGAGUCAGACCACCACUGCGGAGAACAGCGUGAAAGAGGAAGGUGGAGUCCCGCUCCGUAAACCGAGCAUCCCAGGGAACCGUGGUGCGCCACCCUCCAGCCCUCUGCAGGGCAACGCCAACAACCCCAACAAGGCCGACAUCCCUGACCGCAGGAAAGGAGCCACCACCGGCCCUAGCAAUAACACUGCAUCUGCAGGUAUGACCAGGAGGAACACAUACGUCUGCAGUGACAGAAACAACACGGACCGCCUGUCCGUCAUUCCUAACGGGAAGGAGAACAGCAGCGUUGCCGUGUCCCCCGGCAGUCAGAGGAACCCGGUGGCGUCCACCCACAGUGUUGCAAACGCCACCACGCCCGACCGUCUCCGCUUCCCCCGAGGCACGGCCAGCCGCAGCACCUUCCACGGCGGCCAGCUUAGAGAUCGCCGCACGGCCACGUACAACGGGCCGCCGGCCUCCCCUACUCUCUCCCAUGACGCCACGCCUCUGUCUCAGACCCGCAGCCGUGGAACCAGCAACCUUUUCUCCAAACUCACCUCCAAACUCACCCGCAGAAACAUGUCAUUCAGGUUUACCAAAAGAGUCUCAACCGAGUUUGAGAGAAACGGGAGACUUGAGGGCUCAAGUCGCCAUGUACCUGGGGAUCAAAAAGGGGAAAAUAAAGACGGUAAACCCCGCUCCCUCAGAUUCACUUGGAGUAUGAGGACCACCAGCUCCAUGGAGCCCUGCGAUAUCAUGCGGGAGAUUCGCAAGGUGCUCGACGCCAACAACUGCGACUACGAACAGCAAGAGAGUUUCCUGCUUCUUUGCGUCCACGGAGACGGGCGAGCUGAAAACCUGGUGCAGUGGGAGAUGGAGGUUUGCAAGCUUCCCCGUCUCUCCCUUAAUGGCGUCAGGUUCAAAAGGAUAUCCGGUUCAUCCAUUGCUUUCAAAAACAUUGCUUCCAAAGUUGCCAACGAGUUAAAGCUAUGAACAAAAGGGUUUAAAGUAUACAUAUAUAUAUCUAGAAGUAUUUAAGCUGUACAAUCAUCCAAGUAGCAGUUUCCAAAUGUCUCCUUUUUCUAAACAAAGUACAGAGUAUGUAUUGAAUAUUAUAAUGUAUAGAUUAAGGCUUUUGGCAAUAAUCACCGAAUUACCUACUAAUAUCUCAGUCUGUUCUGGCCGCACAAGGCCAACAUUAAUGAGUUGAAUAUGAUUUGUCAUGCUGUGAAUGUGGACGAAAAAGCAUUUCUGGUCUUAUUUAUUUCAUCUUUUUUUUCUCUCUCUCUCUCUCCUGGAAAAAGGAAAAUUACGUAGCGUUUUGUUUUCAGUGUAAAUAAUGUAUCUUACUUUGAAGAAGGCUUCUCUGCAAUACUCAUUUUGUUUUAUUUUUCUACUUUUGUAUUUUGUUAAAAAGUAGAGAUGAUGGGGAGUCCAUGUAAAUGCCCACGUGGUUAAGGGUCACUCAUGUCUCAAUUAAAGUGUCUGUCAACCUAAA